GCGGGAAAAACCCGGCAGUGUCCCGCCGCACGCUCGCCGAAAAAUGCCAAUGCCGCCGCCGCCGCCGCCGCCGCGGGAAGACUUCCCGGCGUUCCCGUUUGCGCCGUACCCGAUCCAGUCGGAAUUCAUGUCGUUCCUCUACGCCGCCCUCUCCUCUGGCCCCGGCGCCCUGGCCCUCCUCGAGAGCCCUACCGGUACUGGCAAGACGCUCAGCAUCAUCUGCAGUGCGCUGCAGUGGCUCCUCGACCACCGCGACGCCGCCGCCGCGGCACCGGCCCUCCCCAGCGGCGCCGCUGGCCCCGGGGGUGACGACGACGAGCCCGACUGGUUGCGGGAUUUCACGCCGCUGCCGCCGGUUAAAGAGAGCACGAAGAAGAAGGCGAAGCCUCCCGCGUUGAGGAAAACGGUGGUUUCACGGAAAUCAGACGGAUUUGGGGAAGAAGACGGCGGCGACGACGAGCGGGAGUUCCUACUCGAGGAGUAUGAGAGCGAUAGAGAAGACGUCGCGAGACAGGGUGUAGGGAAACGAGCACAUUGCGGUGGUUGCAGUAGUAGCGAGGGCGAGGAGCUGGAUGAUGAGGAGGACGAGGAGGAGGUGAUGCCCAAGGUCUACUUCACAAGCCGCACGCACUCGCAGCUCUCUCAGUUCGUUGGGGAGCUCAAGAGGACGGAGUUCGCGGGGCGGAUCAGGACGGUGUGCUUGGGGUCCAGGAAGAACUUAUGCAUCAACAAGGAUGUUCUGAAGAUGGGCAGUGCAAACCGGAUUAAUGAGAGGUGCUUGGAACUGCAGAAGAACAAGAAAAGCACCAAAGUUAAGCUUGAGGAUGAUAAACGAAAGGUGCGCCCAGCAAAGCGCUCUUGUGGCUGCCCGAUGUUAAGAAGUAGAAGUCUACAGAAAGAGUUCAGGAGCGAAGUGUCAAACCAAGGUGCAUUAGACAUCGAGGAUUUGGCACGAAUAGGGAAGAAGAUUGGAACUUGUCCCUACUAUGGUUCGCGUGACAUGAUCCGCUCAGCUGACCUUGUAGUCCUUCCUUAUCAAUCUUUGUUACUCAAGUCUGCUAGAGAAUCACUUGGCCUUAAUCUGAAGAACAGUGUUGUCAUCAUAGAUGAGGCUCAUAACUUAGCUGAUUCCUUGACUAACAUGUACAACUCAAAGAUCACGUCUUCUCAGUUGAAGACAGUCCUUUCCCACCUGGAUGAAUACCUUAACAGAUUUCACAAUGUUUUGGGAGCUGCGAAUCGACGAUACAUCCAGACCUUGACAGUUUUAACAAGGUCUUUCCUACGUGUUUUGAUCAAUAAGCAAGAUGGUGCCAGCAAUAUGUCUUCUAUGACCAUAAACCAAUUCUUGUUUUCCCUUGACAUUGAUAAUAUAAACAUAGUAAAACUUUGUCAGUUUGUGAAAGAAAGCAAUAUAAUCCACAAGGUUAGUGGAUAUGCAAACAAGUUAACUAGCAUCCAAAAUCAGUUUGAUAUCCAGCUCCAUGAUGAAGGAAGCAGUAUAGCAUGCCUUCAGGCAUUGGUUGACUUUAUACGCUCCCUUCUGAACAGCAAUAACGAUGGAAGAAUCAUAGUUGCAAAGCAAAAGCUAGGUGGACAACCUGAUGAAGCAUAUCUUAAAUUUGUGAUGCUUUGUGCAGAAAAAAUAUUUUCCGAGGUUACACAGGAUGCUUAUGCUGUUAUCCUGGCUGGUGGAACCCUCCAGCCUAUUGAAGAAACUAGGCUACGCUUGUGUCCAAGCUUACCACCAACUGAUAUAAAAUUCUUCACUUGCAACCAUAUUGUUCCUCCUGAGAGUAUUCUUCCAAUAGCAGUUACACGUGGACCCUCAGGCAUGACAUUUGAUUUCAGCUACAAUUCAAGGAGCUCUCCUUCUAUGAUUGAAGAGCUUGGGCGUUUCAUUUGUAAUAUUAUAACAGUUGUGCCUGAGGGAGUUGUUAUGUUUUUUUCUUCAUAUGAUUAUGAAAGGCGUGUAUAUGAUGCAUGGAUGACCGCAGGCACAAUUUCCAAGAUUUCUAAAAAGAAGCAUGUUUUCAGAGAGCCAAGGAACAGUGCUGAUGUUGAGGGUGUCCUCAACAAAUACAAGGAGACAAUUGAAUCCUGUAGUAAAAUUUCCCAAGACACAGGUGUCAAUGGGGCACUUCUAUUAGCCGUUGUUGGUGGGAAGAUUUCUGAAGGCAUAAACUUCAGCAAUGGGAUGGGUCGUUGUGUAAUAAUGGUUGGCUUGCCUUAUCCAAGUCCAUCUGAUGUUGAGCUGAUAGAGACCAUAAAGCAUAUCGAAAGUAUUUCUAGCUCAUUUUUGGUUGGAGAUGAUAAGGCCUCAAGCAGAAAAUAUGAUGAUGAAUGUGAACUCCAGCCUGGUUAUGAUAUAUUUCGUAAGUGCACUAGAGGUGGAAGAGAGUAUUAUGAGAACUUAUGCAUGAAAGCUGUGAAUCAAUCUAUUGGCAGAGCAAUCAGGCACAUAAAUGAUUAUGCUGCAAUGCUAUUGGUUGACUCACGUUAUGCACAGACUUCAUCAACCAAGAAUUUUUCCUGCCCUACUGAUAAGCUUCCUCAAUGGAUAAAAGCACGACUCUCUUGUGCUCAAAACUAUGGAGAAGUUCAUAGAUCAUUACAUCAGUUCUUCAAAUUCAAUAAACAAAAAUGUUGAAAUACUCUAGAAAUAAAAAACCAAGCAUUUCCACUGUUGAUUCAAUGCAAACAAAAAUACAGCCUGCACCUGUGAUCAGAGUUAUGUACGGAAUUGUGGUGACAGUAAUGCUUCCUCUCAAGGAAUUAUGGCGUCCCUUACGAGAGCAAGACAUCAGCCCCAUUUUUGACAAAAGGAGAACAAGCGAACCAUAUAAACCUUUUUCUUAACCCUCUAGGUGCAUGUGGGACUGGACCUAAAGCCCCAGGGUGUAGAAGGAUGUUAGGCGAGUAGCAUGAUCAGAGUUCUCUUCAGUUGGUUCAAUUGAUUUUCGGUUGCAGUAAUGAAGGAUGCUGGGUGAGCAGCGUGAUCAGAGUUAUCCUCAGUUGGUUCAGUGUUACUUUCAGUUGAAGUAAUGCCGAGUUAUUUCGGCUUUGGUCGGAGUUGCUGCUUUGGAUAUGGUUGUUGGUUUAAACUUGAGAUAGUCUAGUGUGUGAGCAAAGAUAGGAGAUCAGUUGUACUUGAAUACGUCCUGGUGCCUAUGUAAGCCAAAUCUGUGUACUAGUUUAGUUAACCAAUGAAGUAAUCUCCUAACUCUCUCUCCCUCGCCCUGAACAGCCUCCAUGCCUUAACGAGCCUAGCUGAGUUGGCUGGAUGAAAGGUAUGGUCAUGCACCCAAUCUACUGAACUUAAAUUUGGGUGUUCUUCCUAGUUGGUCUCAUUUGUAACAUGUGAUCCUCUCCUAUUUGGUUUGGACACAAUUAGAAACUAACCCAAAUGGAAUGGUCAUGGUGGAACUUUCGG